CAGACUCAGGAGAUCCACUGUUAGACAGCUGAUAGAUAUAUAUAUAUACAAAUUGUUGAUUUUAUAUACUGAUGGUUAUUGGAUCGAGCUGGAGAAGGCGCUCAUAUGAUGGGAAACAGUGCUACGUUGUCUUACAGCUUUAUCUGCUAACUUUAGAAGAGAGUUAAGAUCGAUGUUCAUUGGACCAUACCGGCCAAAAAACGACUGUUUUUACAUUUAAAGACAUUUCUUCAGGAUGGAGAAUGGGGUCGAGUUCUCCAAAGGAGAGGGCUUCCUCUCCAGAAUGGCUCUCAACGACAACAAGGCUGGUAUGGAGGGUCUGGACCGGGACAAGAUCAACAAGAUCAUCAUGGAGUCGUCCAAGGGAUCGAGGUUUUAUGAGAAUGAGCGGAAGAGAGAGCAGCAGGUGAACCAGCGCAUUGAGAAAAUGAUGCUUCAAAAGGCACAGAUCACAGAUCAGCAGCUAAAGACGGCUCAAGCUCAAGUGGACAGGAUGGCCUCAGCGCUGGAGACGGGUCGUGAUCUAGGCCGUGCGAUUGUGCAUGUGGACAUGGACGCUUUCUAUGCUGCUGUGGAGAUGAGAGACUGUCCUGAGCUGAAGGAGAAACCCAUGGGUGUAGGAUCCAUGAACAUGUUGUCAACAUCUAACUACCAUGCCAGGAAGUACGGGGUCCGAGCUGCUAUGCCCGGCUUCAUUGCAAAAAAACUCUGCCCUAACUUAGUCAUUGUUCCAACCAACUUUGAAAAAUACAGAGCUGUGAGUGAGGAGAUCCGGCAGAUUUUUGCCGACUAUGACCCUCACUUCCAGCCAAUGAGCCUGGAUGAAGCCUAUCUGGAUUUUACAGACCAUCUGGACCAGAGGCAGAGCUGGCCGGACUCCUCUCGUACACAUCGCUUCCGCGACACCAGCACUACCACAGGUGAAGAUCAGAUUGAGUUUCACCGAGAGGCAACUCCAGAGGUGAUCGACCUGUCUCCAGUGCUGUUUGAGGACAGCCCUAGCUCCUCUCCCUGCUUGCUGGGCUCUGACGCUGCUGCUGCUGCUGGUGGUGGUGGUGGUGCUGCUGCUGCUGGUGGUGGUGGUGGUGCUUUCGAGGUGUUUGGGACGUCUGUCGAGGAAGCUGUGAGAGAGAUGCGCUUCCGCAUUGAGCAGAAGACGAUGCUGACUGCCAGUGCAGGCAUCGCUCCAAACAUGAUGCUUGCCAAGGUGUGCAGUGACAUGAACAAGCCCAACGGCCAGUACAGACUCCCGUCCACCAGAGCGGCGGUCAUGGACUUCAUCCAGAAUCUUCCGAUUCGCAAAGUGUCUGGGGUCGGGAAGGUGAGUGAGAAGAUGCUGAAUGCUCUCUGCGUCAGUAGCUGUUCUCACCUUAGACAGCAGAUGGUGCUGCUGUCAUUGUUGUUCUCUGAGACGGCCUGGCACCAUCUCCUGCAGGUUUCCAUGGGUCUAGGCUCCACAUAUAUACAAAGGCACGAAGAAAGAAAAAGCAUGAGCACAGAGAGGACAUUCAGAGAGCUCAAUACAGCUGAGGAGCAGUUUUCUUUGUGCAGGGAGCUUUGUGAAGAUUUAGCACAAGACAUGAAGAAAGAGGACCUGAAGGGUAAAACGGUGACGCUGAAGCUGAAGAACGUUAACUUUGAGGUGAAGAGCAGGGCGCUGACGCUGUCGUACGCUGUCGCCACAGCAGAUGACAUCUUUGCCGUCGCUAAGGACCUACUGAAAACCGAAAUAGAAAAUGAAAUCCCCCAGCCACUCAGACUGAGGCUCAUGGGUGUUCGAAUUUCUGCUUUUGUCACCUCUGAUGACAAAAAGCCGCGGCAGAGGAGCAUCAUUAGCUUUCUUCAACCAGGCAAGACAGACUCCGAUGGCUGCGUCAAAGUAAAGCAGCAAAAACCAGAGAGGGAGGAUCUCUCCAGUGGCUCCGUCCAAACCUGCACCGUCGACUGCUGUCCCCCCACGCAGAAACAGGAGGAAGUUCCCUGGCAGAGCAAGAAAAGGGGGUUAGAAGGAGGCCAGACUGGUGAAAAACCCCAACUGUCUUUCUUUCAAAGGGCCCAUGCGAAAAGAUUACAACUGCAGGUGGCAAGUUCAAGCACACAGGUGGAAGGACACAGGGAGAGUCCACCUGUAAUUACCUCCUUAGAGUCUGAUGGUGAAGAUAUUCUAGAGCCUUCAACGAAUGCCUGCACGAAUAGCGACUCUGAUCUUGUAGAAAAAGACUUGGAGGCCAAAGCAUCCACAUCAGACUGCGGCGCCUCAGUGUCAAAGAGCUUCACUUGUCCAGUGUGUUUCAGGCAGGUGGAGACGACAGAUUUAAAUGCCUUCAACAGACACAUAGACCAGUGUCUGAGUGGAUCCUCCAGAAAGCCCAACCAAAGCACAGAUCCGGACUCAGAGUCGGAUUCGGACUUGGAGAGUAACCAAAAAGAACGUGAGGUGAAGGAAAAAUGGAGGGAGGAGCGUGAGGUCAGAGAGCUGGAGGCGAACACAGUCGAUCUUCAACACCAACACAGCUUGAAAACAGACAAUUCUAUUCAAACUGUCUUGUCGAACAUUGAGAAUAAAACUGCGCCCUCGCAACAGCUGUGCAGUGUCCUCAUGUGCCCGGUGUGUCAGCUGACCCAGGACACAGACGACCUCACCGUCUUCAACCGCCACGUCGACCUCUGUCUCAACCAGGAGGUCCUGAAUGAGCUGGGGGGACGCACGUCAUGGCCCAUAAAUCCUCCUUCAGUAACAAAUGGCAAGGCCACAGAGAGAGGCUCACUCCUGCCAAGGCAAGCAAGUAAAGGAAAAAGCAAAAGACAGGACUGUCCUUCCUCUCCUCCAUCGAAGAAAGCUAAAGUCUCUGGUCCUGUAAACACCAUCGACAGGUUCUUCAGGUGACAACAUGCGCACAUCCUUAUCUGGAGAACCAGGGGAAGUUUUCUUCACGUUCCCUUGGUGUCACUGCAAAGGUUUCAGUGGAUGUCCCACAUCCAUCCCUCCAUCAUCUGUUCCACUUCUCCUUUGAGGGUCAAGGGGGAGGAGUUGGAGCCAAUCCCAGCAGACAGUGGACAAGAGGUGGGGUACGCCCUUGACAGGUCAGCAGCGUAUCCCAGGGGCCAACAUACAGAGACAAAUUAUUUAUUCAAGAGUUUAUUGUCAUGUGCACAACAAUUACAUUCACACCUAGGGUAAGUUUAAAGUCUCCAAUUAACUUAUCCCACUCUGCAAGUCUUUGGACUGUGGGAGGAGGCCGGGGGAGAAAACCCACACAGACACGGGGAGAACAUGCAAACUCUUCACAGAAAGACCACGGCCGAAUCAGGAUUCAAACCUCGGAUCAUCCUGCUGUGACACAACAGUGCUAACCACCAUUGAUCAAAAACAUAGGGUCUUAAAAAAAACUGCUUUUGUAUAUAAAAUCUCUGAAAUAAGAAAAUAGGCAUUUGCACUAAUAAGCCUUAUUUUUUCCUAUACACAAGAUAAAAUAUGACAAACGCAAUCUUUUGUUUUAAGAGAUUUUUAAUGACCUUGUUGUCUUUCGAUGCCAGUUUCAUGUCAAUUGCAUAUUUUAUGUUCCUGAAAAUGAGCCUCGUGUUUUUAUUUGACUGUACGCUUGAAAAUUAGGAUAUU